CUAAUGUCAUCCUUCAACCGAUCCAGCAACCCAAUCGAAGUCCUCCGCCUCUUCCGCCAGCUCAAAGAUUCAAUCUUUUUCCAGCCCAAUCUCUUGAUCUACACUACAGCCAUCGAUGCGCUCGUCAAGUCGAAUCGAUUUCAAGAAGCAGAGGAUCUAUUCAAGGAAAUGGUGGAUUCAGUGCGGGAUUCGACCCGAUGUUGUCACGUAUUGUACUUUGAUAUCGGGAUUGUGUGAGGCCGGUAGGAUUGAUGAGGCACUUCAUGUGCUAGCCGUGGAAAUGAAAAAGUUGAAUUGUGAGCCGAAUCUGUUCUGUUACGGCACGGUUUUUAAGGCGUUGGUGUCUGCAAGGAGGUGCGGGGAGGCGGAGGAUUUGUUCUGGGAGGCGAUGAGUUCGGGUGUAGAUCCUGAUGUCAAGUUUUGUACCGAGUUGGUGAAGAUGUAUUCUUUUGAUUUGGAGAAGUUUGAAUCGGCGAGAGAGGUCGUUAGGUGGAUGGUUAAGUCGGGAUGCAAGCCUGAUGUUGUCAUGUAUUCAACUCUAAUUAAUGGUCUUUGUCGAGCGGGAAGGGUUGAGGAGGCGAGAGAGGUUGUAGAUGAGAUGGUUAAAGAGAAGUGUGAGCCUAAUUGUCUCACGUUUACCCCGUUACUUCAAGCUUAUUGCUCGAAUGGGAGGAUUGAAGAGGCGAAGAGGUUAUUGGAUUCGAUGGAGAGUGGCAAUUGUUCUCCCGAUACUGUGUGUUAUAAUGUUCUCAUUCAAGGACUUUGUGAUAAGGGGGAUUUUGAUGAGGUUGAGAAUGUUUUGAGAGAGAGUUCGUCUAAGGGUUGGAACCCUGAUGCAGUUUCGUAUAAUAUUUAUAUUAACGGGCUUUGUAAGGUUAGUAGGAUAGAAGAAGCUUUUAGGCAGUUGGAAGUCAUGUUAGAUAAGGGACUGUGUCCGACUGUGGUAACUUUGAACAUACUUCUGCAUCGUCUUUGUUGUGAAUCGAGGGUUUGGGAUGUUAAACGCUUAUUAGAGAGGAGCUCCGAGUUGGAUUUGGAUUUCAAUGUUGUUAGCUAUAAUACUGUUAUGAGUAGGCUAUGUGAAGUCGAGGAAUGGUUCACAGUUCUUAAGAUAUUUACUGAUAUGGUAAAGAAAGGAAUAGGACCAGAUACUCAGUCUUUUAAUAUUGUGAUUUAUAGCCUCUGUAGAGCUCGUAAAUUUCGCAUGGCUUGGUGUAUAUUUGAGAGCAAAGGGUUUGUUCCUAAUGUUGUGUCCUGUAACAUUUUGAUGCACCAGUACCUUUUGGCAGGAAAGACCAAUGAAUUUAGCAGUUUGGUUUCUUUCAUGCAAUUGAACAGCAUUGCUCCGGACAAAGUGACGUGUAAUAUAAGAGUUGAUUCUUUGUGUAGAGAGGGAAAAUUUUCUGAGGCUAUUCAUUUUUGUAAAAGCUUAAAAUAUGUUUAUUCGCAAGAGCUGAUUGCUCAUCUGAGUCAUGGAUUGGUUAAGGGUGGAAGACUUGGGGAUUUGCUAAGACUGUUUGAGGAAUUGUUAGAUAAGGGUUUAGUUCUCGAUUGUCAGGUAUAUGAUUUUUUGAUCGCUGCAUUUUGCGAAAAGGGCUCCUGCAAUAGCAAGGAGAUAUUUAAAAUAUGUCUCAUUCUGGAUAAAAUGCUUGGAGUAUAAUGGUGGAUUUCUGGUACUUUUAUCCCCUGAUCAUGGAAGUUGAAGGGGCGAGGUUAUGGAAGGCAACUGCUUUGCAUUGGCCUUUCAAAAGAUUGUGGCAGAGACUAAUAUUUGUCAACUUCCUAUAAGAGGUGGCCUUGAGUGGAUUACUGACGCAACCCCGAAAUUGCUUAAUAAGACAUCUACACUUCUGUUAUUCUGUCGGCAGGAAUCAUGUAGUUGUGGGGGCUGCUACUUUCAUAUACCAUAGCACUAAAUUGAGGUAAGCAAAACAGUACGUAUGCCUUUUUCUGACUAUACAUUGUGGUAUUCCAUUUGAGUUUGUAACAUUUUUUUGUCAAUUGGUUUGCCGCUGUAAAUUUGUUUGGCUUGCAAGGCCAAGAGGUGAUUAUUUAUGCAUGUCCCUUUUAGAAGGAAGCUGUGCCCACCUUUGUGGAUAAAUUAAUAUCCAUCUCUCAUCUAUACUAACCUGCUUCCUCAGCAACCAUUUUUGAAGAAAUCAUCUCUUUUUAUUUCCUUUGCCCAAGGCAAUCACUUGAGACGUGUCGGCUUGUGUGCAUGAAGAUAUUCACAAGUGAGUUUAAAUCCAUUGCUUCAUUUUUUGACACUCUUACAGUUACAUAUAUAGUAGGGAAUCAGACGAGGUACAGCAUGGAAUAAAUGCAGUGAGAUGUAACCUUUCUUUCAGAAUAAAGGAAAUGUUUUAUAUCAGUUUUGCACAGAUGUAGUAAUAUUAUGUAUGAAUUUUUUCCGGGGUAAGAUGAUGUGUAUACCAAUUUUGUUCUCCGCAUUGGUGGAAAUUUUGAUUACA